AUGUCUGACAUAAAACAAAGUCCAAGAGCACCUAGGAGCUACCCUAGUAAGGUUAUAGAGCAGCUUAAAAAGGAGGUAUUAAAAAACAAGCUAAAAUUUUGUAAGAAUACUGAAACUCCUGACCCAAAAGAUCUUCUAAACAGAGAACUAGACUAUAAUCAAGAAGAGAAACAUAAUAUAGUUGAAAGAGCUCCAAGCAAGAGGGAAAAUUUUAAUACUUCUCUUGAUGAUGGUUCAAAAAGCGAGUUCAGAAUUGGCUCAAAUAAAGCUCUAAAAAAAUAAUGAAAUAAAAAGCAUCAUAGCCAAAUUCAAAAGAACAAAUAGCUGUGAGAAAACCUCUGCAGUGAACUCUAGUUUAAACAAAUAUUUUGAUUCAAAUACUAAGUCACUUAAUGACUCACCAAAGGUGUACUCGCAAGCUAAAAGCAGAAACUCUUUGUCAACAGUGACUCAUUCGAAAAUAAUCCUCCCAAAGGUUGCAGAAGUUGAUAUAACAGGAAAUCAGCCGAAAUCCCCGAAUUUGACGUUUGCCAAGGACGAAAUCGAAGAUGGAAAAGUUGACCAAAAUUGAUCUGUUAUAAACACCAACAAUAACCCCAAAGCUUACAAGCCUAAGAGAGUGGUUCAGUACUCAGGAUCAGAUAACGAAAAGUUACCAUCCAGUUAUCUCAAGCCAAAGAAGAAAGUCAAGUUGUCAAAAUAACAAGAAUAAUUUGAAUCAGAAAACAUUAGAUUCUUUAUCAAAGAUACAGAAAGUGAAGCCUUCAGAUUCUAAAAAGCUGAUGACUCUAUCUCCUUAUAAGUAUCAAGAAAGUUUUAACAACACCAUUGGAUCAAAUAAGAAGAUGAAGCUCGGGCAGAGAGAAAGUUCUGUCCCUAUAAAACCCCCUCGUAAAAGUUCUGCUUUCUCAAAAGAGUCACCUAAAAUAUUUGAAGAUAGAGAGUUUAAAGUUCAAGAAUAUGGAGUUCCUAAUUUUAAAAAGAACACAAGAGAUAUUUUUACACUUAGAAGACAGAAGAAAGAUCACAUGGGUGAAAGACAGAAACAAAAGGUCUCAAGUAGUUACAGAAAUUACUCUAAUUCAGUUCUGAGGAAUGAAAUUAAAGAUAUUUCAAGCAGAGAGCAGCCUAGAUUUAAACACCUUCAGAAGGAAAAGCCUCGAUUUGGUCUGCAUGAAAGUUUUGACAUCAAGAAGAAUAAGAGCAGCACAGAGAAGAUAUUUAUAAGAAGUGAUUCCAACAAGUUGGAUGCCUUAAGAAAAUUUUGUAACCCAAAAACUCAUUCAAAGAAGUAUAAAAGAGAAUUGCUGUAUAGCUCUCACCUUCCAAAGAUCAAUAACUUGAAGAAUAAGAUCAUUAAAUCUUAUGCUGAAAUUCUUCCUUCAGUACUUCAGAGAAGCCUAGAGCAUCAUAAACCCGAAGGAGAAGAUGCAGCUAGAGCAAAACUUGAUCAGAUCAAGAACACAAUUAUAGUAAAUUAUGGAGGAUUUUCUGAGGGAGGUUGUGAUCAAAGAGUCGCAAAGAAAGAAAACCAGGACUCUUAUCUAACAUUUGUUAACUUCAAUAAAUCUCAGACAACGAACUCUCAUCUUUUUAGUGUUUGUGAUGGGCAUGGUCUGAGCGGGAAAAGCAUCAGUGAUUAUUUAGUUAAAAACUUAGCUAAAUUCCUUAAAGUAUACCUAAAUAAAGAAGGUUCAAAUCCAUCAUAUUCGCUUCUCUCUGCUUUUAGAUAUCUUGACUAUAAGCUUGAGAUGGAUGGCCUUGAAGCUACCAAUAGUGGCUCAACUUGAUGAACUGCUCUUGUCAUUGGCAAAAAGAUUUAUUUUGCAAACACAGGUGAUUCUAGAGCACUAUAUGUAACCUUUGAUCCAAUGGAAGACACAAUAAAUCCCUCUGAGAUCGAAUCGACUAUCGAUCAUAGCUGAGAAGCUCCUAGUGAAGUAAGAAGAAUCAAAUAACAAAGGAGGAAGAAUAUCAAGAAUUCAAAAUAAUUUAGGGCCUUUAAGAGUUUGGCUCCAAAAUGAACAAAGACCAGGACUCGCUAUGGCCAGAUCUGUUGGAGAUCAUUGAGCAAGAAAAAUUGGAGUAAUAGCAACUCCAGACAUAUUUAAAUUCGAGAUCUCUAGGAAAUCUGCUCUUAUUAUUGGGAGCGAUGGGCUAUACCAAUAUCUCACAAACGAAGAGAUUUGCCAAAUAGUGUGGGACAACUGGGGGAAAGAUGGAGAUAUUGUCUCUGAAAUAGUUGUCAAUAAAGCUAUCUCAAACUGGGAUCAGAAGCAUUCCUAUAGAGAUGACAUCACCUGAGUGGUAGCAUAUCUAAAACCUAAUUUUGACAAUUAA